AUGGCUGCUGAAGAGACCGUCAUUCCGGGGCCUUCAUCCCUGCCCAUAAUAGGCAACAUUGCAGAUAUUGACGCAGAAUUUCCGCAUGGCACGUUCUUGCGAUGGGCUGAAAUAUAUGGACCUAUCUACCAAGUGACAAUCCUUGGUAAGCGGGUAGUCGUGAUUGGCAGUCAGGAAUAUAUGAACGAGAUUUCCGACGAAAGCAGAUUUACAAAGCAAUUGAACUCCUCUCUGAGACAAGUUAGAAAUGGAGUCCAUGAUGGCCUCUUCACGGCUUUUGGACCAGAGGAGAAGAAUUGGGGUAUCGCGCACAGGGUUUUGAUGCCCGCGUUCGGACCGCUAUCUAUCAGGAAUAUGUUCGACCAAAUGCAUGAUAUUUCUGCUCAGCUGGCUAUGAAAUGGGCUCGUCAUGGUCCAGAAUACAAAAUUAAUGUUGUCGACGAUUUUACACGUCUUGCCUUGGACACUCUGGCUCUCUGUGCCAUGGACUAUCGCUUCAAUUCCUAUUAUCGGGACGAGAUGCAUCCUUUCAUCGAUGCAAUGGGUGACUUCUUAUUGGAAUCAGGGAAUCGUGGUCGACGUCCAGGUUUCAUGGCUCCUUUCUAUCGUAAGACUGAUCAGAAGUACUGGGAUGAUAUCAAAGUUCUGCAGAAGACUGCUGGUGACGUUGUGACCGCUCGAAGAUCGAGGCCCAAUGAUAACAAAGACUUGUUAAAUGCAAUGUUGAAUGGCAAAGACCCUAAGACUGGAGAGACCUUGAGUGAUGAAAGUAUCACGGAUAACUUGAUAACUUUCCUAAUCGCAGGCCAUGAAACGACCUCUGGCAUGUUAGCAUUCACCUUCCAUUUCUUGAUUAAGAACCCACAAGCCUACCAGAGAGCCCAAGAAGAAGUCGACACAGUCAUUGGUCGCGACAAGAUUACUGUCGAGCACAUGAGUAAGCUACCAUAUCUAAACGCCAUACUUCGCGAAUCUCUUCGUGUUGCGAGCAAUAUUCCGAUGAUUGGUUUUGGAGCAAAGGAGGAUACCACUCUGGGUGGGAAAUAUCAUGUUAAGAAGGGCGACUCCAUUCUGGCAUUUCUCUCGAACGUCCACCGGGAUCCUAUUGUUUUUGGAGAAGAUGCCAAUGAAUGGAAACCAGAGCGUAUGCUGGACGAGGAAUUCGAAAAGCGUAACAAGGAGUUUCCGAACAACUGGAAGCCAUUUGGUAAUGGCAUGAGAGCUUGUAUUGGACGGCCAUUUGCGUGGCAAGAAGCACUACUCUGCGUAGCCAUGCUACUGCAGACCUUCAACUUCACCGCGGCGGAUCCGUCAUAUACACUCGCCUACAAGCAGACUCUAACCAUCAAACCGAAGGGGUUUUACAUGCAUGCACACUUGAGACAUGGAGCCACCGCAACAGAUCUAGAGCGCGCGUUACAGACCUCUUCAAAGGUGCCUCAAGAGAGUAUCGUGUCGAGAGGUGCUGAAACUCCGCCCAAGGGCAAUCUCAAAAAGCUAUCAAUCUUCUACGGCAGUAAUACAGGCACAUGUGAGGCUCUAGCUCAGAGGCUAGCUACAGAUGCUCCUCGUCAUGGCUUCCAGGCUAGCGUCGUUAACUCGUUGGAUACGGCGAAAGAGAAAGUGCCUACAGAUGAGCCAGUGGUUGUAAUUACCGCGUCGUAUGAAGGCCAGCCACCAGACAAUGCGGGAUUGUUUGUAACCUGGCUUGAGAGUUUGAAAGGGACAGAGAUGGAGAACGUCAAUUAUGCAGUAUUUGCCUGCGGUCACCAUGACUGGGGCAACACAUUCCAUCGUAUCCCGAGCCUCGUUGACAGCCUGCUAGAACAACGUGGGGGUAAACGUAUAGCACCCAUGGGAAAAGCAGAUGCAGCAGCAGGUGACAUGUUCAGCGAUUUUGAGAGCUGGGAGGACACCGUUUUCUGGACAGCUAUGAAGGAGAAAUAUGGCUUACCUGAAGCGACAGGAGCUGAUUUCUCAUCAGAACUCAACAUUGAGAUCUCUACACCACGCACAUCCACACUCAGACAGGACGUCAAUCAGGCCCAGGUCAGCUCGACAAAGAUUCUCACGGCACCGAAUGUCCCAGAGAAACGUCACAUCGAGAUUGAACUACCUUCCGACAUGGCCUAUUCCGCUGGAGACUAUCUUGCUGUUCUACCCCUGAAUCCUAAAGAGAACGUCCAACGAGCAAUGCGCCACUUCGGGCUCGCCUGGGACACAGUAUUAACGAUCUCUACCAGCGGACCAUCAAGCCUCCCAACCAACACACCCAUACCUGCCGCUGACCUCCUCGGCGCAUACGUCGAGCUCGCCCAGCCCGCCUCAAAGCGAAACCUCGCCGCCCUCCUCUCCGCAACCUCUCACACCACCACCCACACCGAACUCACCCGCCUCCUGGACCCCGCCGUCUUCACCGCCGAGAUAAGCGGCAAGCGCGUCUCAAUCCUCGAUCUCCUCACCAAAUUCGCCCCAAACAUCCCACUCCCCCUUUCGACCUUCCUCGCUCUCCUCCCGCCCAUGCGCGUCCGCACAUACUCCAUCUCCUCCUCCCCACUCUGGAACCCGAGCCACGUAACCCUCACGUACGCCGUCCUCGACACCCCCGCCCUGUCCGGCGCCGGCCGCCACGUCGGCGUCGCGAGCAACUACCUCUCCUCCCUGGAACCCGGCGACCGGCUCUACGUGUCCGUACGCCCGAGCCACGCAAGCUUCCAUCUCCCACGCGACGUCACAAACACGCCUGUUUUCAUGCUUGCUGCUGGCACCGGCGUAGCACCGUUCCGUGGCUUCGUCCAGGAACGUGCGGCGCUUGUGGGCGCGGGCCGGGACCUUGCGCCCGCGCUGCUGAUUCUGGGGUGUCGGUACAAGGAUCAGGAUGAUAUCCAUGCGGACGAGCUGCGGCGGUGGGAGGCUAUAGGGGCGGUUCGGGUGCUGUGGGCGUACAGUCGGGAGCCGGAGAAGAGCGAGGGAUGUAAGUAUGUGCAGGACGUGAUGUGGAGGGAGCGAGAGAAGAUCACGGAGCUGUGGGAGGCUGGUGCACGAGUGUUUGUGUGUGGGAGUCGGGAUGUCGGCGAAGGGGUGAAGAAGAUGAGUAUGAAGAUGCUGAUUGAGAGGCAGAAGGAGCAGGGGAAAGAGAUUACAGAAGAGAGUGCGGAAGAAUGGUUUGAGGGAGUGAAAGGGGAGAGGUUUGCAACUGACGUUUUUGCUUGA